GGAAGAAUGACUCUGGAGUCCAUCAUGGCGUGCUGCCUUAGCGAGGAGGCCAAGGAAGCCCGGAGGAUCAACGACGAGAUCGAGCGGCAGCUCCGUAGGGACAAGCGGGACGCCCGCCGGGAGCUCAAGCUGCUGCUGCUCGGGACAGGAGAGAGUGGCAAGAGUACUUUUAUCAAGCAGAUGAGGAUCAUCCAUGGGUCAGGAUACUCUGAUGAAGACAAAAGGGGCUUCACCAAACUGGUUUAUCAGAACAUCUUCACGGCCAUGCAGGCCAUGAUCAGAGCUAUGGACACACUCAAGAUCCCAUACAAGUAUGAACACAAUAAGGCUCAUGCACAAUUAGUUCGAGAAGUUGAUGUGGAGAAGGUGUCUGCUUUUGAGAAUCCAUAUGUAGACGCAAUAAAGAGCUUGUGGAAUGAUCCUGGAAUCCAGGAAUGCUACGAUAGACGACGAGAAUAUCAGUUAUCUGACUCUACCAAAUACUAUCUGAAUGACUUGGACCGCGUAGCUGACCCUUCUUACCUGCCUACGCAACAGGAUGUGCUUAGAGUUCGAGUCCCCACCACAGGGAUCAUCGAAUACCCUUUUGACUUACAAAGUGUCAUUUUCAGAAUGGUCGAUGUAGGGGGCCAAAGGUCAGAGAGACGAAAAUGGAUACACUGCUUUGAAAAUGUCACCUCUAUCAUGUUUCUAGUAGCGCUUAGCGAAUAUGAUCAAGUCCUUGUGGAGUCGGACAAUGAGAAUCGAAUGGAGGAAAGCAAAGCACUCUUUAGAACAAUUAUCACAUAUCCAUGGUUCCAGAACUCCUCGGUUAUUCUGUUCUUAAACAAGAAAGAUCUUCUAGAGGAGAAAAUUAUGUAUUCCCACCUAGUUGACUACUUCCCAGAAUACGAUGGACCCCAGAGAGAUGCCCAGGCAGCUCGAGAAUUCAUCCUGAAGAUGUUCGUGGACCUGAACCCAGACAGUGACAAAAUUAUCUACUCCCACUUCACCUGCGCCACAGACACCGAGAACAUCCGCUUUGUCUUUGCUGCUGUCAAGGACACCAUUCUCCAGUUGAACCUGAAGGAGUACAAUCUGGUCUAACCGUGCCUCCCAGAAACCUGCCCUUCCCUCCCCUGGUGGGCUAUUGAAGAUACACAAGAGGGACUGGAUUUCUGUGGAAAACAAUUUGCAUAAUACUAAUUUAUUGCCGUCCUGGACUCUGUGAGUGUGUCCACAGAGUUUGUAGUAAAUAUUAUGAUUUUAUUUAAACCUAUUCAGAGGAAAAAAAAAACAAAAACAGAGGAUGCUGAAGUACAGUCCCAGCACAUUCCUCUCUUUUUUUAGGCAAAAUCUUGUGACUCAAUGUAUUUUACAUCCUCAGUCAUGCACUCAGCAAAGAUAAGAGUUUUUUCUCCUUUUCUCUCUGUCUUUCUUUUUUAUUGAGCAAAACAAAGCUGAUUUCUCUUUUUCCUCAGUCAUACCUCCCUCCUGAUUUCUUCCCACUCCGACAUUAUAACAGCCUUUAUCCUAGUUCCAUUCUUGGUCAAGAUUUUUCUUGAAUGAUACAGUCAGGACAACAUCAUUCAAUUUAAGCCAUCCUAUAUCAGCUUAAUUUAACCUUUUUGCUGAGGGAUUAUAUGUAUUACUACUAUGGUUUUAAAAUGUAUUACUCUGGAUACAUAUCUAGUCUUUCUUUUUAAAUAUGCAUUUUAUCUUGUUGCCCUUUGCACUGGGACAACUGAUGCCCAGGGGUAUCAUUUCUUCUGGGUUUUGUCUUUCAGCCAUAGUUUGAUUGCUCAGAGAAACUCGGUGAAGUAAGAGGGCAUGAGCAAAGACACACACAAGAGUCUUUCCUUUUGAAGUUCAUGUGCCAUUGUUCUUCCUCCUUAACUUACUACUUUUUCUCUUUUUUCUUUUCACCCUCUCUUUAAAAUCACAAUGCCAAAUAAUAUGCCAACAGACACUACAUUCCCCAGUGGCUGCUACUUUUUCAUAGGUUCUCCUGUUUUUAUUUCUUCCAACUUUUCCUUCCCUCUUUUUUUUUCUUUGUGUUUAGGCCACAAUUUAAAAGUGAUUUUUAUUAUGAAUAUGUGUUGCCAAAGCUGGCUUUUUACAAAACAGAAUGUGUUAAGAAGAGCUUAACAAUAAAAGCCAGUGUCUUAAAAUGUAAGAGGAAGACUGUGAAGCCAAUGAUGACUGGCUGAAAAUGAACCUGAAAUUCCAGUUGCCAAACAAUUGGUAACUCACUGUAAAUUUGACUCUCUUGUGGUCCAUUCUUUUAUUUGCCCUUGAGGUCACAUUGUACAGUGUCCACAUCGCAGCAGUGUAGAAAAAGUAUCUGUGGUUCAUCAUCAAAUCUGGGGGUUUUUUUGUCUCUUUAUUUGAAGCAAGUUUUACUUAUUACUCUUUAUGCUUUUUAAGUUCAAGUAAGUCUGCCAGAACUAUUGGUUGAUAGUGUUAUCCUGACACAUUAAACUUGCAAAAAAAAAGUCAUUGCUAGUUUGGACCUUCAAGAUUUUCUUGAACUGAUGACUGGUUAAGUUGAACUUAAGGAAGAUUUAUGGUCUUUACUCAAAAGUAACCUUUCAGUGUUUCAUCAAACAUGUAUUUAUGUAACUAAACUAGAACUCUACAUGUGCAAUUUUUCAACAAACACAAACAAUACAACACAUGUAUGGAAAAUCUUCUGUUAAGCAGCUGAAGUUGAAAUGUGACUUAAGAAAGUAAGUCAAUAGUUGUUUUAAAGCUGCUGGAAAGUUAAAAUCAGGCCACAGUGCUGGUCUCAAUACUAUUUGGCACUAGUCUAAACUUCCACAAAAAUCACUUGGGGAGAAUAACCAUGGGGAGGGAAAGAAUUAACAGCUCAUCAGACAGUUCCUUAACAGUAAGGAAGUGUUCUCACUCUUCUCUCCCAGCCUCAAACAACACAGGUUACUUUUGUUUUCCUUGCUCAGAAAGCACCUGUAAUUUAAUGAACAGACUGUAGGUAUAGUGCAAUUAUGAAUGCUCUAAUCAUUGUACAUACAUCUCUCUUGAUACUGCAGCAUCCAUACUGGCUUUGUAAUCAUUAAUUUUUGGCAGAUUGAAUGUGCUGUAUUGAUAUGUAUCUAUGUAAUUGUAUUGUAUGUCUUAUAGCUAAUUCACAUUUUGAAUAAUGUUAUUUUAUUUACUUUUUUAAGAGAGGAGAAUGUAAAUUUGUCAGUUUAUUUCUGACUAGGGAUUUUUUUUCCAUUUAGAAAAGGAGAAGAAGAAAAAAAAAAACUUACUAUCAUACAGAGCGGUACUAGCAUCGUGCUGUAUAAAAUGCACAUUCCUGAGUAGAGGUAUACUGGUUAUAUGACCCAAAGGUAAUUUCAUAGCAAAACUCAUAAAAAUCAGUCAGAGCUUUUAUACAAACAUGGAAACCAACUUUGUAGAACUUUUGCCAUUUGAUCUAGGAUUGGAAUAUGAGCUUUUAUACAAUUCAUAUUCUUAUUUGGCAAAUGCACAGUUUAGUAUUACCUCUCUGAUGGCCUUUAUUAGAAAGGCAGUUUCAGACGCUAUUGUGAUCCACUAAGGAAAUGUUUUAACAGCUAGAGACCACUGCUUGCCUGAAAGGGCAAUCUUAAAUUUGGUGCAGCAAAACAAAACAAAAUUUUAAAAAAAAGUAAGCAACGACAUUUGAUGGCCUACAGUGUGUAUAGAGAAAACCUCAUCACAAGAUCAUAGUGUUACAGUUCUAGGGGAUCAAGAUAUUCUAUUUAAUAGAGCUAUAGUAGAUGUAGUCGAUUAAACCUGAUCUCAAAACACGAAGAAUCUGAGCAAAAACAAGGAAGGAUCGUUAUAGUUGUCUUUAUGAAAUUAGGAUGGAAUUUGCUAUGCAGAAUUGAGGUUUGUGGCUUCACUGCUCAUCCUGGGGUGCAUGACAGGCUCCCUUCUUUUGAGAAAGGAAAAUAUUGAUCACCCUAGCUGCAGUGAUUUGUAGAAACCUAACUGUAUUCACACUAGUCAACUGAACUAAAAGGGUUUUUUUUGUUGUUUGUUUGGGGUUUUAUUGUAGGGGCUAAGGGCGGGAAGGGAUUCUUUUCAGUUUUGUAUAAAAACAAAGUUUACUCCUGCUUUCUAUUCUCUUGUGACUGCAGCAUCCUGUUUUGCGUGCACACUGGGCUCCUGUUGUUGAUGCUCUAGGUGAUGGGGGCUUGUGGGAGUUUUAUGGUGACUUGGGCAUGUCUUCUUCAAAAACACAACACCAAACACAGAAACCUUUCUUCAGCUUACCAAGGCAAGCAGCCAUUUCAUGACUCACAUAACACACCACAGUCUACCAGUUUACAGAUGAUUUUUUCCCCGUUUUUUGUGUGACUUGGCAGUUCUGACCCACAGUAAAUUCCUUAUUUGUAAUUGGAGGUUUGUACUAUGCCUUACAGAGCUUAAAUUCAGAAGUCUGUGCCUCAUAUCUGAAACAAAGGGAAAUAACACAUUCAUUAAAAGUCAUUGAAUCCCUUAGAAGUCAUUGGGUUUUUUUUUUCUCCUUUCUUAACAUUUCCACAUAAAAAGCUCUGUUGAAUGUCAUGAGUAGACUAGAAAGAAAAAAAAAAAUCUUAGGAACCUGCAUAUGUUGUACCAGCAGGUGAUAUCUACAAAAAUGUUUGAAGAAAACCUGAAACCUCUCUCUCUCUCUCUCUCUCUCUCUCUCUCUCUCUCUCUCUCUCUCUCUCUCUCUCUCUCUCUCUCGAUUAGCAGGCCUGAUAUUUAAAAAGGUAAUUCAGCAAAAGGGCAACUUACUUUUUGUACUUCAGACUAUCUUGAUUGUCAUGGUGUACGAACUGUAAUUUAAAAAUUUAUACUGCCACGUGAUUGUAAAUUUUAGUUGUCUUAAGUUAGGAAUUGGUUAAAAGCUAUUGAUACUGGAUUUGGGUCAAAAUGACUUUAUUAUUUGCAAAAAAAAAAAAUAAUGGGAAGAAAGGGCUGCAUAAUGAGAUACUGCAAGACUCAGAUACUGGUUGGAAAUUCCCCUGAGAUUACCUUCCGGUUACUUUUGAUUUCCCUUUGUUUUCAGUUUCUCAAAAAAAUUUAAAAACAGAAUGAAUGAAAUGAAAUAUAGCAGAAUGUUAACCCAUAUAAAAAUAAAGUGUACCCAAAUAUUGUAAUGUAUAUUGCUGCUCUUCUUAAAAUCAAAUAAGGGUUUUUCAGACCACUUAAUUGGUAAUGAACAACAUCUCUAUUGAUACAAAUACGAUGUGCUUGGUACACACUCAUCUUUUCUUCCAAAGAACUCUUGGUUAGAAACACACAUGAAAACUUAAAAACUAGUAAUAUUGUAUGUUUCAUACUUCCAGCCUAGGUAGUGUUUAAUAGAUCUGUCCUGGUACCUGUGUCUUUAGGAUUUCAUCUUGGUUUCAUGCAAUUAGAAAAAGCGCUGUCAUAGUUGUGUGUGAUUAGGUAGAGAUUUUUGGAGCCAGGCACCUGCCGUUCAGGAGAUAACUUAGUACCAAGUCUACACUUGUAGACUAACCAUUUCCUGCUGUCUUCCUCACUACCACUACCCCUCAGUGACAGCCUCUCAAAUCGUGCAUUCCAAGUGUGUUACACACACUCAGAUACUCAUUUCCCACUUACCCUCCUCAUGUACCAUGGCGCCUCCCUCUGUAUGGUUCCAGCCAAAUAGUUGAUGACAUGUACAUGUCUCUUGGGUAAAAUUGGACCUCGCUUAGCUAAAGGAAUUCUAAUUUCCAUAGAAGAAAAAUAAAACAGGAAAGUUAUUCCUCAGUCGAACAUUUCUUAGGUUGGAGAAAAGAAAGUGGGAAAUUACUGUGUAACUCAGUCUAGGUUACUUUGAUUUGAACUUGUUUGGGGUGAUUUCUUUUCUGCAAAGAAUUCUAAAUGCAGCUUCUGAUUCCUCCCUUCAUCGUGUUGGAAGCCCUUACUAGACCUAUGUAUUUAGGGAGUUUGGUCACAAAACAUUUUUAACUUGCAGUAUUUAAAAGAAUCAUAUUUACUGUUCUUAAAAUGUCAUUCAAAUGCAUGUAUUGUCUAUUGUUUGGGGAUGGGAACUAGUUUUGCAAAAAACACCUAAUGUUGUAUAAUAAUGCCCCAAUGAUCUUGCUGGUUAAAAAUACAGUAUUUUUGGCCAUAA